AUGCGCUACAUCCACAGUGAGGAGACCCUCGAGGUCCCGGAGAACGUCAAGGUCACGAUUAAGGCGAGGCUCGUUACGGUCGAGGGCCCCCGCGGCAAGCUCGUCAAGGACCUGGGCCACAUCGCCGUCAGCUUCUCGGCUAUCAAGAAGAACGUGAUCGGCCUCGAGAUCCACCAUGGCGUCCGCAAGAACGUUGCUGCCCUCCGCACCGUCCGGACCCUCAUCAACAACAUGAUCAUCGGCGUGACCAAGGGCUUCAAGUACAAGAUGCGUUACGUCUACGCCCAUUUUCCCAUCAACGUCAACCUGGAGCAGAACUCCGAGACGGGCAACUGGGAGGUCGAGAUCCGUAACUUCAUCGGCGAGAAGAUCGUCCGGAACGUCGUGAUGCAGCCCGGUGUCGAAGUGGAGGUCUCGAAGGCGCAGAAGGAUGAGCUGGUCCUCCACGGUAACUCGCUCGAGGCCGUCUCGCAAAGCGCUGCGGACAUCCAGCAGAUUUGCAGAGUGCGGAACAAGGAUAUCCGGAAGUUCUUGGACGGCAUCUACGUCUCGGAGAAGGGCAACGUGGUUGAGGAGUGA